AUGCCCUCCCUCUGCGCGCUAUGCAACAGCGCGCGCGCACAGCUCAAGCGGCCCAAGACCGCACAGCCCGUGUGCAAGCAGUGCUUCUUCGAUGUCUUCGAGGCCGAGGUCCACGAGACGAUCAUGCAUGGCGCCGAAGACGGGGGGCCCAUUUUCGCGCGCGGCGAAAAGGUCGCCAUUGGUGCGAGUGGCGGCAAAGACUCGACGGUACUCGCGCAUGUGAUUACGACACUCAAUGCGCGACACGACUACGGCCUCGACUUGUACCUCCUGUCCAUCGACGAGGGGAUUAAGGGGUAUCGCGACGACUCGCUCGAGACAGUCAAACAGAACCAGAAGGAGUACGGGCUGCCCCUCAAGAUUUUGAGCUACAGCGAGCUGUAUGGAUGGACGAUGGACCGCGUCGUCGAGCAGGUCGGCAAGAAGAACAACUGCACGUUCUGUGGCGUGUUCCGCCGCCAGGCGCUCGAUCGGGGGAGCGCCCAGCUUGGCGUCGACCAUAUCCUGACGGGUCACAAUGCGGACGACAUCGCGGAGACGGUCCUGAUGAACAUUAUGCGCGGCGACGUUGCCCGCCUCCAGCGUUGCACGGCCGUCACGACACACAGCGAGGACACUAUCAAGCGCUCCAAGCCGUUCAAGUAUGCGUACGAGAAGGAGAUCGUCAUGUACGCGUAUUUCAAGAAGCUCACCUACUUCUCCACUGAGUGUAUCUACGCACCCGAAGCGUACCGCGGCUACGCACGCAUCUUUCUCAAGGACCUCGAGGCGAUCCGGCCCAGCGCGAUUCUCGACAUCAUCCGGUCCGGAGAGACAUUUGUGUUGGACCAAAAGACACAGCGGGGUAUGAAGGCAAUGCAAACGUGCUCCCGUUGCGGAUACAUCUCCAGUAACGAGUUGUGCAAGGCAUGUGCCCUACUCCAAGGGCUGGAGACUGGGAGCACUCAGGCCGCCAUGCGACGCAACGUCAAGGCGGGCGAGGUGCCCGACGGUCAGCGCGUCAUUCCCAAGUUUGAGCGCAAGCUGCGCGUGGUUGACUCCGCGGUCGAGGGAGUUGAGCGAGCAGUCGCCCGCGUCGAGAUUAGCACCGAGUAG